AUGCAACGAUACAGUUCAAAAGCUAGUUUUGCUGAUUCUACAACAUCAUCAUGUAUUACAAAAGCUAAUCAUACACAUGUUAUUAUGCAAACAAAUGCUGAUAAUAACAGUGAUAGUAAAUACAUCGUAUUACCUGUUAAAAAUCUUGUUAACUUUGGUCGACCAUUAAAAUCGAAUGAUUUGGUUACUUAUAAAAUUGAUUUAAAAUGUCGUGGUACUAAUAGAGGAAAAAUUCUUUUAUUUGGCUCUGAAGAAGAUUGUGCUCAACAAGUACAAAUAUUCUCAACUAUUGGUGAUGAAAAUGAUGCUUCAAUUUGCGAUAGAGAUGAAACAAAUAAUCCAUCUGAAUUACAAGAAAACGAACAAGAAUUAAAUAACCAUGCUGAUGAUGAAGAUUUUCAUCAACGUCAAUCAACAACAAAACAGGACUUGAGUAAACAUGAGUCCAACAAGAAUCAAAAUAUUCAUAAGAAAUUGUUGAAUAAGAACAACAAUUCUACAACUAAAGCUGGUUCACAUUCAAUUGAAAAAGUACCUAAACAAACAUCUGUUCAACGAGCAACUACUGCUUCAAUGUUAACAAUGAAAAUACCUGCUAGUCAACCGGAUAAAAAUCAAAAAACAUUAGAUCAUAUGUUAAAGAAAGUAAUUGUUGGUACUUCUUCAACUUGUAAUUCAACUAUUACUAUUGGAACAUCAACGAAAACACCUUCAACAAUUAAUUCCAACAAGUGCACACCAAAAAAUAUUCGUACACAACAAGGUUCAUUAACAUCAUUACAAACAUUAACAACAAAUUCCAAUAAAAAACGUAAAUUAAGUCACGAAGGUGAUGCAUGUAGUAAUGGGGACGAUCAACAUAAAGAUGAUAAUGACAAACAUCAAAUGGAUAUUGAUUUAGUUGACGAAGAUGAAGAAUAUUUUGUAAAAGAAUUCAAUAAAAAAAAAACUAUACCUGGCGAUGAAGGACGUCAAUGGCUUAUUCACGUUGUGAAAAUACUUUCUCCACAUUCACCAGGAUUAAAUACUGAUAAAAUUGCUAGAGCACUAAAAAUUAAAAAAUCAUCAUUAUUGACUUCAUGUAUUCGAGAAACUGCCACAAAUACAACUCGACAAGUCAUUAAAUUACUUUAUACACCAGCUCAACUUGCAAAAGGUCAUGGAAAUGUUGUAUCUCGACAAAAACGUAAAUUAAUUAAAGCAUUUGUUGAACAAGAACAUGGCUCAAUUGAACAUCGACCAUUUUGUGAAGCAAUUAAUGGAGUUUUUCGUAGUUAUGCUCAUAAGUUGAAGAAACAAAUGUCACUCAUUAAUGGCGAAAAUUCGAAUUUGAUAGAAGGUCAACAAGGUGAAUCACCAAUGAAUAAUAUUAAUGAUGAAGAAGGUUCACGUUCUUCAAACUGUGAACAACAACAACAACAAGAAGAAAAAGACGACGAAGAGGAAGGUGUUGAUGAAGAUAAUGAUGACGAAGAAGAAGAUUUUGACGAUGAAGAACUUACAGAUGACGAAAACGAUAAAUUUUAA